CGCAAAACAUAACUCUUUCUUCUUCUUCUUCUUCUUCUUCUUCUUCUUCUUUCUCUCUCCCACUUCCUCUUUUUUCCAUUGGCAAUGCCGAACCCAAGAUUUCAAAAACUGCCUUUGCCCCCACUCGCAUGAAUGAACCCAAUUCACCUUUUUCCCUUUAUGCACUCUACCCGCCAUGAGAGAUCGUAGGAAACGCAAUGUCGUUUCUUGGAGCGCCCUCUUCUGGUGCACCUUGUUCCUCGUUCUUCUCGCUUUUCUUCUUUUCACCACUUCUCGCUUCUUCUCUUCUGAGUUGGUUCACACGCUGCCAAAUCCUCUGAAUAAAGCUCUUUACGAUGAUUCCUCUCUUCAUUUUCUCUCUUCCCUUCAAGAAACGGUGACCCUUCCCGAUCAAGCUCUUGUUUUUCUCAACCACCCACAAACUGUUCGACCAUUUCCCAAAGAGGACAUCAACUGUGUUUAUUUUGCUGCUAACUCCUCGGUGCCCCACAGGUGGCGCCCCCCAAUUGACGUGGAUGGUGAGGAACAUCUACAAAAGCAAAUGGUUCGGUGCCCACUCCCACCUCCUGGAUUCACCGUUUCGAUUAGAGUGAGAUCUAAUCCUCAGCUCCAAGGUGGGAACUCGCACCAGUGGGAUUUUCUUGUGUAUGAAGCAUUGGUCGACCGAGACAACACCACCGUGGUCUUUAUUAAAGGCCUUGGUCUCCGCCCUGAACGGGUCUCAAAUGCGUCCAAAUUUGAGUGUGUCUAUGGCUGGGAUUUUCGGAAGAUUAAGUUUCUGCUAAGGUCUAAUGUCAUAUCGAUUGCUCAAGAAAUUGCGCGUUGUACAACACCUCUGAGCGUACUCAGCAAUCCCAAUAGAACUCAUGAUUCAAUUAAAGUUUCUAUUAGAGUGAAAGGCGGAGGAACUUUGAAUUCUAUAGCCCGCCCGUUGCUCUCGCCAAGACUCAUAACACCUCACCGAAAGCCUUACGAGAUGUGCUUGUGCACAAUGCUUCGAAACCAAGCGCAAUUUCUUAAGGAAUGGGUCAUUUACCAUGCCCAUCUCGGUGUUCGCCGUUGGUUUGUCUACGACAACAACAGCGACGAUGACAUAGAAGAUGUAAUUGCAUCAAUAUUCAAUGUCAAACACAACAUUUCUCGACAUAUUUGGCCCUGGAUUAAGACACAAGAAGCCGGUUUUGCACAUUGUGCAUUACGAGCUCGGAAUUCUUGCAAGUGGGUUGGAUUCAUUGAUGUCGAUGAGUUCUUCUUCCUACCAUCUGGCUUGUCUCUACUUGAUGUGCUUAGAAACCAAGCCAAAAACGCCUCUGUUGGGGAGAUACGCGUGUCCUGUCACAGCUUCGGCCCAUCCGGGCUAACACGGAUGCCACCGCAGGGAGUGACGGUCGGUUACACUUGCAGGAAAGCAACAGCGGAGAGGCACAAGAGUAUUGUGAACCCGGAGGUUUUGAACUCCACAUUGAUCAAUGUGGUGCAUCAUUUCCACUUGAGAGAUGGGUUUCAUUAUAUGAAUUUGGAGAGAUCUGAGAUGGUUAUAAACCAUUACAAGUACCAAGUUUGGGAAGUGUUUAAGGAGAAGUUUUACAGGCGAGUAGCGACGUACGUAGCGGAUUGGCAGGAGGAGCAAAAUGUGGGGUCUAAGGACAGAGCACCCGGGUUAGGGACUAAGGCAGUGGAACCAGAGGACUGGUCGAGCCGUUUCUGCGAGGUCAACGACACUGGGCUACGAGAUAUGGUGCUGCAAAAUUUGGCUAACCGAAGAACCCAUCUUUUGCCAUGGCAAGAAGAGCAUAGACGAAGGAGGAGGAGGUCUAGGAAGAAGGGUAUGCACAAAGGAUAGUGAUUUUCUUUUCAUCUCUUCUUUGUUUCUCUGUUUGAUAUGAUACAAUGUAUUUUUUGUUAGGGGAUGAUAAUCCAUAGAUGACAAAAUUUUUUAGUAGCGGUAUAGUUUUACUUUAAUUAAUAACGAAGUUAAAGAGUUUUUAUACAA